UAUCAGUCUAUUACGAUAUCGAGUCCUACAAGUUCAAGUGCGCUCACUAUAUUAAUCGACGCGACCUCAAUUUCGAUAUUACGCAAGUUUGCAACAAUUUUGAAUUUAUUAAAAUAAAAUUAUAAUCAAUAUGCCGCAAUACUACGAUUAUCAACUGAAAUUUACAUGUAGUAGAUAAGUGUUUUUGUUAUUGUGAUGCGAAUAGUAGAUAAAAGGCGAUAUGGAAUAGUAGAUCAAAUACUCCGCUCUCCAUGUAAAUCGCUCUAUUAACUUACAUAACCUCGCUUUUUUCAAGACAACUUUACAGAGUAUUUAAUUUACUUGCAAAUUAAGAAGUUUAGUUGUCGGUGCCACUAAUGAUUUGCUUCGUGUGUUUAGAUUAGUUUUUCCUUAUAGUAUUACAAAAUUGUUAUGGAUUCAUCCAAAAAAUACAAUAAUUCUAGUCCCGAGGAAAAAGCAAAUCUAUUAUCGAAACUAUUUUUUUGCUGGGUUCUGCCGUUCUUGAAGAAAGGGUACCAAAAUGAUCUCAAAAUAGAAGAUAUUUUCAAUACUACCGAAAGGGAUUUAUCGGAACCUUUAGGUGAUGAAUUAGAGAAAAAUUGGAAUGUACAAGUCCAAGAGAGUCAAAAAACCAAAAAUCAGCCAAGCCUUCAGAAAGCAAUCUUUAAAACAUUUCAUAAAACAUAUAUUUGGUUUGGAUUGUUACUGUUCCUUAAUAAUUUAUUUGUAAAAAUGUUGCAACCCAUAGUCUUAGCUGAAUAUAUAAAAUAUUUUGACAACACUUCAAGCAGAUCUGCUCAGGAAGGCUGGCUCUUAGGAUCAGGUGUGAUAGGUUUAGCAUUCAUAAAUGUUAUUGUAUGGCAUUUCACACUCCUUGAAAUGUCUCGAAUUGGCAUGAGAGUUAGAAUUGCCUGUUCCUCCCUAAUUUAUAGAAAGCUUCUUAGAUUAAACCACAUUUCUCUUGAAAAAACUGCUUCUGGACAAGUAGUUAAUUUGCUAUCCAAUGAUGUGGUCAGAUUUGAUAUAGCAGCACCAUUUUUGCAUUAUAUAUGGAUGAUGCCUUUAAUUGCUUUGGUUUCUCUCUAUAUCAUGUAUAGUUACAUUGGCCUGGCUGCUUUACCAACAUUUGGUGGAAUGACUUUGCAAGCAGUUGUUAUGCAAGGUUACUUAUCAAAGUUACAAGGUUACUUCCGGGGCAAAAUAGCUCUUUUAACAGAUGGUCGCGUAAAAUUGAUGAGCGAAAUAACAGCAGGAAUACAAGUUAUCAAAAUGUACGCCUGGGAACAGCCCUUUGAAAAGAUGGUUGAAGUUGCCAGAAAAAAAGAAGUCGAUGCAAUCACAAAAACGUCUUACAUUAAAGGGUUUUCCGCAGCUUUAAAUGUGUUCAUUGAACGUGCCGCGCUUUAUGUGGCAGUUGUGUCAUAUGUCCUUUUAGGAAAUGAGAUCACUGGAGAUGUCGUGUUUUCCAUGGCUCAGCUUUUAAAUAGUGUUCAAUUAUUUAUGUCAAUAUUUUUUCCAAUGGCACUUUCUACAUAUGAAGAGGCCAAAGUGUCUGUUAAGAGAUUGGAGGACUUUUUGGUGAUGGAAGAGAAUACUGCCGUUGAUUAUUGCGUGAAUGAGGACACAACAAGUGGAGAUUUAAGAUUGGUUAAGGCACGAGCCAGUUGGCUUGCAAAUCCAAUAGUAGAUACACUAAGAGACAUAAAUUUAGAAAUCCAAUCUGGUACAUUGUGUUGUGUUAUUGGUGAAGUUGGUUCCGGCAAAAGUUCUCUUCUUCAAGUAGUGUUAAGAGAGUUACCCCUUACUGCUGGUAAAUUAGAAACAACAGGUCGGGUAUCAUUUGCUGCUCAAGAUCCUUGGCUUUUUGCAGCAUCCAUAAGACAAAAUAUACUGUUUGGUAUGCCUUACGAUAGGAACAGAUAUAAAGAUGUAGUGCGGGUUUGUGCUUUAGAAAGGGACUUUGAACAACUUCCUCAUGGGGACCGCACUUUUGUUGGUGAACGAGGAAUGGCAUUGAGCGGAGGUCAAAAAGCACGCGUAGCUCUAGCCCGUGCAGUGUACAGAGACGUAGACAUUUAUUUACUGGACGAUCCAUUAUCUGCUGUAGAUGCACAUGUAGCUAAGCAUUUAUUUGAGCAAUGUAUCCAAGGAUAUCUGCAAAAUAAGACUAGGAUCCUUGUUACCCAUCAAGUGCAAUUUCUGAAAGGCGCUGAAGUUAUUGUUUUAAUGCAUAAUGGAAAAAUCACAAAAAAGGGAGCAAUAAAUGACCUGUCCCAGGAAGACUUAUCCCUGCUUUCUAAAGAAGUUGAGCAAACACACCAGGUAAAAAAAGAAAUCAAGCAAGAUCCUACGCCACACAUAAUCAAGAGAGAACGACUGCAAUCAGUUUCAUCUGUAAUUAGCAUGGUCGGGAAUGAUGAUUCUGAAGAGGCUGAAGAACUUUUAGCAAAAGGUUCAAUUUCGACAUCCACCUAUGUUGAGUAUUACAAAUCUGGAGCCUCUUGGUUGAUGCUCGUGUUAUUACUACUGAUAUUGAUAAUCGCCCAAACUACUUGCAAUGCAUCUGACAUGUGGGUUACAUAUUGGACAAAUCAGAAACAAAUGCAAUACAAUCAAGAAUUUAGUUCCGCAACUAGCAACAAUAUAUCUGCAAAGAAUAUUAAUGCUACUGAUAAAAGCGAGUUAAAUUUGAUUUUGGAUUCAAAUGCAACAGAUGUGCCUUUGCUAACCACAAAUUUUUCAACAAACAUUACAGAACAAUUUAAGGAAUUUGAAAAUGAAACAUUAUUUUCCACAGAUAAUGAAUAUAUUUAUGUUUACACUGGAUUGAUAAUUGCUGCUAUAAUACUGACCAGUGCCAGAUCAACUCUGUUCUUUAAAAUCUGCAUGAAUGCAUCGAAAGUAAUGCACAACAAAAUGUUCCAUUGUGUUUUGAAGGCUCCAAUGAGUUUCUUUGAUAGCAAUCCCUCAGGCAGGAUCUUGAACAGGUUUUCUAAAGACAUGGGUGCAGUAGAUGAAGUGUUACCAAAGUGUACCUUGGAUGCAAUUCAGAUUUUUUUGGUUGCUGCCGGUAUAUUGGGCAUGGUAUUCAUUAUCAACCCCUGGAUGAUAAUCCCUGCAUUAGUCCUGUGCAUUCUGUUUGUGUAUAUCAGAGCAGUAUACUUGACAUCAGCACAAGAUAUAAAGCGGUUAGAAGGAAUGACAAAAGGACCAGUAUUUUCUCAUUUGUCAGCCUCUUUAAAUGGGCUAUCUUCUAUUAGGGCUUUCCAAGCACAAAGAUUAGUUACUAGCGAAUUUGAUGCUUUGCAGGAUCAGCACACUGCCACGUGGUUCAUGUUUAUAACAAGUAGUGAGACUUUAGGUUUCUAUCUUGACGUUAUUAGUACUAUAUUCUUAUGUUUGGUUACUUUUCAAUUUAUGAUUCUUCACAAUGCAGAUACCCACAGUGGUAGUGUGGGGCUCGUCAUAGCCCACAGUCUAAUUUUAACAGGAAUGCUACAAUAUGGAGUUAGACAAUCAGCUGAAGUUUCUUCAAACAUGACUAGUGUCGAAAGAGUCCUUCAGUACACCCAUUUAGAAGAAGAAGGCCCAUGGGAACCUUUACCAGCUAAUCGGGCACCAACCGGUUGGCCGGAUAAAGGCCGCAUUAAAUUCAAACAUGCGUACAUGCGUUACACUCCAGACUCAGUCCCAGUUCUUCGCGAUUUAAAUUUGCGUCUACGUCCCGGUGAAAAAGUGGGAGUAGUCGGCAGGACCGGAGCCGGAAAAUCUUCGCUAAUUGCGGCCUUGUUUAGAUUGGCUUCUGUGGAUGGCCUUAUAGAAUUAGACAAACAAGAUACAGCUGUAGUUGGGCUUCGCACUCUACGAUCAAGCAUUUCAAUUAUUCCACAGCAUCCUACUUUGUUUUCGGCAUCUUUAAGGUACAACUUAGAUCCAUUUGGAAGAAAUCAAGAUGAAGAUUUAUGGAGAGCUUUGGAAAGAGUUGAAUUGCGACAAGCAGCUAAUAACUUGGAACAACUAGUUAGCGAAGGAGGUGCCAAUUUCAGUGCAGGUCAAAGGCAACUUAUAUGCUUGGCAAGAGCAAUUGUGAGAAAGAACAAGGUUUUGGUAAUGGACGAGGCCACCGCCAAUGUUGAUCCUCAUACAGAUUCGCUUAUUCAAAGAACAAUUCGAGACUGUUUCCAAGACUGCACUGUCAUUACUAUCGCACAUCGGCUGAACACAAUAAUGGACUCUGACAGAGUACUAGUUAUGGAUGCAGGACAAGCUGUAGAGUUUGCGCCACCCCAUGAGCUUAUGCAAAUUCCUAAUGGGUAUUUUGCCAAAAUGGUAGAGGAAACCGGUCCCUCCAUGGAAUCUAGACUUAAAGCAAUAGCACAAGAGACUUACGAGAAACGGGGAUUGUACAAUUACACUAAUAAUGAUAAUGAUAGCUCUGAUUAA